CAUUCCCACAAUGCUCUGGGGCGUGCCGCCGCCGUCGCUGCCGCCUCCGCUACCGCUAGUGGAAGAAGAUGGCGGAAGGCGGAGCGGCGGAUCUGGACAUCCAGCGGUCUGACAUCGCGACGCUGCUCAAAACCUCGCUCCGGAAAGGGGACACCUGGUACCUAGUUGAUAGUCGCUGGUUCAAGCAGUGGAAAAAAUAUGUUGGCUUUGACAGUUGGGACAAAUACCAGAUGGGAGAUCAAAAUGUAUAUCCUGGACCCAUUGAUAACUCUGGACUUCUCAAAGAUGGUGAUGCCCAGUCACUUAAGGAGCAUCUCAUUGAUGAAUUGGAUUACAUACUAUUGCCAACUGAGGGCUGGAAUAAGCUUGUCAGCUGGUAUACAUUGAUGGACGGUCAGGAACCAAUAGCAAGAAAGGUGGUUGAACAGGGUAUGUUUGUAAAGCACUGCAAAGUAGAAGUAUACCUCACGGAAUUGAAGCUCUGUGAAAAUGGAAACAUGAACAAUGUUGUAACGCGAAGAUUUAGCAAAGCUGACACAAUAGAUACAAUUGAAAAGGAAAUAAGAAAAAUCUUCAGUAUUCCAGAUGAAAAGGAGACCAGAUUGUGGAACAAAUACAUGAGUAAUACAUUUGAACCAUUGAAUAAACCAGACAGCACCAUUCAGGAUGCUGGUUUAUACCAAGGACAGGUGUUAGUGAUAGAACAGAAAAAUGAAGAUGGAACAUGGCCAAGGGGUCCUUCAACUCCUAAGUCCCCAGGUGCAUCCAAUUUUUCAACUUUACCAAAGAUCUCUCCUUCAUCUCUAUCAAAUAAUUAUAACAACAUCAACAACAGAAAUGUGAAGAACUCAAAUUAUUGUCUCCCAUCAUAUACUGCUUAUAAGAACUAUGAUUAUUCAGAACCUGGCAGAAACAAUGAACAGCCAGGCCUCUGUGGCCUAAGUAACUUGGGAAAUACGUGUUUCAUGAACUCCGCCAUCCAGUGUUUGAGCAAUACACCUCCACUUACUGAAUAUUUCCUCAAUGAUAAAUAUCAAGAAGAACUGAAUUUCGACAAUCCCUUAGGAAUGAGAGGUGAAAUAGCUAAAUCUUAUGCUGAGUUAAUCAAGCAAAUGUGGUCUGGAAAAUUUAGCUAUGUCACUCCAAGAGCCUUUAAGACACAGGUAGGACGCUUUGCACCUCAGUUCUCUGGAUACCAGCAGCAGGACUGUCAAGAACUAUUAGCUUUCCUAUUAGAUGGACUACAUGAGGAUUUGAAUAGAAUUAGGAAAAAACCAUAUAUACAAUUAAAGGAUGCUGAUGGAAGGCCAGAUAAGGUGGUUGCUGAAGAAGCCUGGGAAAACCAUUUAAAAAGAAAUGAUUCUAUCAUAGUAGAUAUAUUUCAUGGCCUUUUCAAAUCAACUCUAGUUUGUCCUGAAUGUGCUAAGAUUUCAGUAACAUUUGAUCCUUUUUGUUACUUGACACUUCCAUUGCCCAUGAAAAAAGAACGAACCUUGGAAGUUUAUUUAGUUAGAAUGGACCCACUUACCAAACCUAUGCAGUACAAAGUGAUUGUCCCCAAAAUUGGAAAUAUACUUGAUCUUUGUACAGCAUUGUCUGCUUUGUCAGGAGUACCUGCAGAUAAGAUGAUAGUUACUGAUAUAUACAAUCAUAGAUUUCACAGAAUAUUCGCUAUGGAUGAAAACCUUAGUAGUAUUAUGGAACGAGAUGAUAUUUAUGUGUUUGAAAUUAACAUUAAUAGGACAGAAGAUACAGAGCAUGUGAUUAUUCCUGUUUGCCUAAGAGAAAAAUUUAGACACUCAAGUUAUACCCACCAUACUGGUUCUUCACUUUUUGGUCAGCCUUUUCUUAUGGCUGUACCACGAAACAAUACUGAAGAUAAACUGUAUAAUCUCCUGCUUUUGAGAAUGUGCCGAUAUGUCAAAAUAGCUACUGAAACUGAAGAAACGGAAGGAUCCCUACAUUGCUGUAAGGACCAAAAUAUUAAUGGGAAUGGUCCAAAUGGCAUACAUGAAGAAGGCUCACCAAGUGAAAUGGAAACGGAUGAGCCAGAUGAUGAAUCCAGCCAGGAUCAAGAACUUCCCUCUGAGAAUGAAAACAGCCAGUCUGAAGAUUCAGUUGGAGGAGAUAAUGAUUCUGAAAAUGGAUUAUGUACUGAGGAGACUUGCAAAGGUCAACCCACAGGACACAAAAAAAGAUUAUUUACAUUCCAGUUCAACAACUUAGGCAAUACUGAUAUCAACUACAUCAAAGAUGAUACCAGGCAUAUAAGAUUUGAUGACAGGCAGCUUAGGCUAGAUGAAAGAUCUUUUCUUGCUCUGGAUUGGGAUCCUGAUUUGAAAAAAAGAUAUUUUGAUGAAAAUGCUGCUGAGGAUUUUGAAAAACAUGAAAGUGUGGAAUAUAAACCUCCUAAAAAACCCUUUGUGAAAUUAAAAGAUUGCAUUGAGCUUUUUACAACAAAAGAAAAGCUAGGUGCUGAAGAUCCCUGGUAUUGUCCCAAUUGUAAAGAACAUCAGCAAGCCACAAAGAAAUUGGAUUUAUGGUCCCUGCCUCCAGUACUUGUGGUACAUCUCAAGCGAUUUUCUUAUAGUCGAUACAUGAGAGACAAGUUGGAUACCUUAGUUGAUUUUCCCAUCAAUGACUUGGAUAUGUCAGAAUUCCUAAUUAAUCCAAAUGCAGGUCCUUGCCGCUAUAAUUUGAUUGCUGUUUCCAACCACUAUGGAGGGAUGGGAGGAGGACACUAUACUGCUUUUGCAAAAAAUAAAGAUGAUGGAAAAUGGUACUACUUUGAUGACAGUAGUGUUUCACCUGCAUCUGAGGACCAGAUUGUGUCCAAAGCAGCAUAUGUACUCUUCUACCAGAGACAAGACACUUUCAGUGGAACGGGCUUUUUUCCUCUUGAUCGAGAAACUAAAGGUGCUUCAGCUGCCACAGGCAUCCCAUUAGAAAGUGAUGAUGAUAGCAACGAUAAUGACAAUGACCUAGAAAACGAAAACUGUAUGCACACUAACUAAUGAAAGUCCUAGAAGCCAUAAAAGAGAGACUUUCCUGCUGGUGGUAUCUGUUGAAAUGAAGUUACCCACCACAUUAAACAGAAGUCUGAGAUGGGGCGUUUCAGAUAACCGAAUGUAAAUCCUUUAUCAGAUUUUAACUUGUGCAGUACUUGAAGUGAAACACAAUGAAAACUUUAACAGAAAUUGUCUCUUAAUACAUUUACAGUCUUGUAUUUACAAGCUAAAUAUAUAUAGGAAAUCACAAAUAAAUCCCUUUUAAGUUUG